AUGGAUCAGAAUCACCCUCUUUUCUUGAAUGCAACUGAUAUAAGUGGCAUAUUGAUAAUUUCAUUUCAAUUGACUGGACAUGAAAACUAUACAUAUUUUUAUAGAUCUAUCAGAUUAGCACUUCUUGGUAGGAACAAAUUAAGUCUAGUAGAUGGUUCUGCACUAAAAGAAAGUUUUCCUGAUGAGUUGCAUUAUCAAUGGGAGCGUGUCAAUGCUAUAUUCUUGUCCUGGUUAAUGAGUUCUAUUUCUAAGAGCCUUGUUGGUGGUGUUGUAUUUGCAACUAAUGCUCAAAGUGUAUGGAAAGAUUCGAAAGAAAGGUUUGAUAGAAUUGAUGGGUCAAGAACCUAUAGUUUACACAAGGAAGUUGCUACUUUGAGUCAAGGAACUGCAUCAAUAGCCACAUACUAUUCAAGGAUGAAGGAACUGUGGGAGGAAUUUGAAGCUAUGACUCCUGCCUCUAACUGCAAUUGCAUUUGCUAUGUUGCUAUGUACACAAAGGGUGGUGGUAAUCAAAAGUUCAAGAAGAACUACAACUUGAUAUGUGAGGUGUGUAAGAUUAGAGGAUACACUAAAGACAAUUGCUGGAAAGUCAUAGGUUACCCUCCUGAUUUUAAGUUCAAGAAGAGAGGGAGAAGAACCAGUAGUGCUCAUAAUGUGUUUGCUCACAAAGUGGAUACUGUCACAGGCAACUCAAAUCCCAGCUCAUCUGCAAAUCUAACUAGUAUACUGAUGCCCUAUUGUGAUAGUAAGUAUGAUAAGAAUGAUGAUUUUACUGUGUCAUUGCUAAGUUCUGAUAAUAAUAAGGAUAGCACUGUCUUGCUAGUAUCAGAUAAAGGAAAAUAUUGGAUUAUUGACACAGGGGCCUCAAAUCAUAUGUUUAAAUACAACUUGCUUUUAGUGGCAAAACUAACCAAGGAAUUAGGCUGGUUUGCUUUCUUUUUCCCUAUCUUUUGUGUAUUUCAGGAGCUCUUCAGUGGGAGGGGAAAUCAAUUGUCAAUUACUAGUGAAUUACAAAAAUGUAGUGUAUACCCAUGUGCAAAACAAACUAGAAACAACUUUCCUGCAAGUAGUAUUAAAACAGUUGCUACUUUUGAUAUGAUUCAUUUUCGAAAACCUAUUAAAAUAGUAAGGUCUGAUAAUGGCACAGAAUUUGUCAAUUCUAUUUGUGAUAAUUUGUUUAAGAAACUUGACAUAGUACAUCAAAGGACCUGUCCUUAUACCCCUCAGCAAAAUGGGGUUCCUGAGAGGAAACAUAGACAUAUAUUAGAGGUUACAAGGGCAAUUAGAUAUCAAGGAAAAGUUCCAAUAAAAGUUUGGGGACACUGUGUUUCUACAGCUGUGUACUUGAUCAAUAGAAUGCCUAGCCUAGUUAUUAACAAUCAAUUUCUAUUUGAGAGACUGUAUAAUAUGAAACCAUCACUUGGUCACCUUAAAGUCCUAGGCUCUCUAUGCUAUGCUAAGGUACUUCAAGAAUAUGACAAGUUGAUGUCAAGGACCAAACCUGCAGUGCAUAUGGGGUACUCAGAAACUCAAAAGGCUUAUAUUUUAUAUGAUUUGUCUAACAAGUAUUUCUUUGUGAGCAGAGAUGUUUCAUUUAGAGAAAACAUGUUUCCUUUUGAUCAAGAAUCUAGUUCUACACCACUGUUUGUAGAUCAGUCACAAGAUAUUGGAAUCUUGUGUGAGGAGGAGUACCAUCAGUUCAUAUUUCAACAAAGUACAGUACCAACUCAAAUACAAGAAACUCUGAAUUAUGAUCCUCCUAGUCAAGACCACCCUGAUCAACCUCAAUCACCUACGGCUGAAAUUCAUCCAAUACCAGCUUAA